UUUCCAUUCUAGAGGAACUGAUGCUUCUUUGAUGGACAGGUUGGCCCUAUUGGGUUCACAGUGGCCACCUUGAUUUUCUGAUGGUUGCGCGAAAGACACUGGACCACUAUUUUUAAGAGCAUGAGUUCGAGCCCUGGGGCUGUUUCUCUCGCAAGAGGCUUCUAAUAGCUGUGGUAGAGACACGGAACCGGUGAAGAUAUUGAUUUUGGUUACCAAAUAAGCACUGGAUCGCUACUUAAAGCUGUUAAUUUUUCAUUAAAUUCCAAUUGGGUAAAUAGUUCAAGUGGUCACACUUACGGACGUGAUUCAUUAACAGAACACACGAGAUCACUUCGUUGGGAGUCAACUGUGGUGGAUGACCUGUGGAUAGACUGACCCUGCCGUGAGAACAAGGAAUUUCCACCAGUGGUUUACUUCCACCAAGCGCUGUCCCACGCUCUCUUAAUUAGGAUAUGCUUUGAAUUUGGAUUUGACCAACAACCGUUUGUAGACAAAGCACACUACUCCAGAUGAUUCGGUGAAUAUUGAUUUGGAGCUUUCGUGACUGCAGGAAUCCAUACGUGACUUUACCGAAAGAACCAAAGAGUAUUAUUCAGUGAGUUUGACAUUGGAACUAUAACAGCAACGUGCCACCAGGGGACAUGGCUCGCGGUUCGAAGUCUAGUGGCCACGCUGAUUAAUACUGUUGGGUGUGUUAACCCGAAGAAUACAAUGCACCGUCCACUUUACAGUACACCUUAAAUAUCCUGUGACGUAAUUAUCAAAGAGCGAGUCAUUUUCGGUGUGAUGGUCCAAAUUUGGUAAAUUUGAAAAAGAUUCUCGUUUGGGAUUUUGUGCAAAGCAAUCAUUGCCCGCCCCCCCCCCCCCCCUACUGGGAAAACACUUGGCAGGAUCCUCGGUGAAAAAAACAAGAGUCGGCGAGACACUUCUGUGUAAAGAAGUGCAAUAAUGAGAUCUUCAAAUCAGCCUGGGUGUUACGGGGGUCAUCGCGAUCGGCUGAGUGGUAAAGUCGCGAGUUCAAAUCCCGGUUUAGGGUUCACUUGGCGGUAUCCUCAUUAAUUUGCAGCAAAACCAGCCUCGUCACCAUCGUCAUUCUCAUCAGUAAUCGUCGUUGAUGACGUUUACUAUUGUGGGGAAGUCCGUAGCGGUCAUCAUUUCCACCGCCGACUCAGGGCCGGCAACGGAUGAGUUGCCACCUCUCCGAUAAAUACAUCAUCUCCAAAAGUAACGUCGAUGAUCGUGGACAUUUGUUGAGCAGGUGAAAGCCCAAUUCGGACCAAGGGUUACUUUGUUUCGAGGGAGACUUCAAGAGAUCUGAACCGAAUACCCAUGGUCUAUGGGCCUUACCACCUACCUCUUCCUCACCCGUGCACUGUCCAGCGUCUAGAUCCGCUCAGCCUCAAAACUUGCAGGUGCAACAGAAGCCGCCAAAUUGAGUGUAUGAACAUUUUUAUCAACACCUCAUCCGUAUUUGUCUCUCUCGCACAUUGCACAGCCGCUGAGCCGAUGGAACGGGUUAAUUAAUGACGUACAGGGAGGUUAAUUAGUAAUUAAUUGGCAGCACUCCCAGGAGUAGGGGGGGGGGUUAAGGUUCAACUCAUUCCGUUGACCCCCAAUCUCCAUAUCUCCCCGCCUCCGCUAUUGGGGGCGGCUGAACAUUUCCAGGGGGUUUAUUGGGCGAGUGGUCGAGUGGUCGUGUGGUCGUGUGUUCGACACAGGUGUGCGGAGGUGCGUCCAGUGGACGGGCGUGUUACGUGUUCGAUGAGACAGGUGUGUUGGGCGCUCGGUAGACAGAGUAGUGUGUUAGACGAGGGGUGUGACGCGUGAGGCAGGCAGGUGUGACAGGUGAUCAUACAGGUGUGUUAAGUGUUAGGUCGGACAGGUGUGUUUAUGUGCUCGGAAUACAGACAGGUGUGUGUGUGUGUGUUACGUGGUAGGUAUAUAGAAAAGUGUUAUGUGUUAGGUGAUUAUAAAGGUGUCUUAAGUAUAAGGUAUAAAAAUAAGUAUGAUAGUCUUUAGAUAUAUAAACAGGUGCGUUGUGCAGGCGUGUUAUGCUUAAAGUAUAUUGACAGGUUUGUUAAUUGUCAGAUUUCCAUGCAGGCGUUUUAUCUGCUGUAUAAACAGGCGUGUUAGCUGUGUCCAUGCAGGUGUUUUAUCUGCUGUAUAAACAGGUGUGUUAGCUGUGUCCAUGCAGGUGUUUUAUCUGCUGUAUAAACAGGUGUGUUAGCUGUGUCCAUGCAGGUGUUUUAUCUGCUGUAUAAACAAGCGUGUUAGCUGUGUCCAUGCAGGUGUUUUAUCUGCUGUAUAAACAGGUGUGUUAGCUGUGUCCAUGCAGGUGUUUUAUCUGCUGUAUAAACAGGCGUAUUAGCUGUGUCCAUGCAGGUGUUUUAUCUGCUGUAUAAACAGGCGUGUUAGCUGUGUCCAUGCAGGUGUUUUAUCUGCUGUAUAAACAGGCGUGUUAGCUGUGUUUAUGCAGGUGUUUUAUCUGCUGUAUAAACAGGCGUGUUAGCUGUAUAAACAGGUGUGUUAGCUGUGUCCAUGCAGGUGUUUUAUCUGCUGUAUAAACAGGUGUGUUAGCUGUGUCCAUGCAGGUGUUUUAUCUGCUGUAUAAACAGGCGUGUUAGCUCUGUCCAUGCAGGUGUUUUAUCUGCUGUAUAAACAGGUGUGUUAGCUGUGUCCAUGCAGGUCUUUUAUCUGCUGUAUAAACAGGCGUGUUAGCUGUGUCCAUGCAGGUGUUUUAUAUGCUGUAUAAACAGGCGUGUUAGCUGUGUCCAUGCAGGUAUUUUAUCUGCUGUAUAAACAGGUGUGUUAGCUGUGUCCAUGCAGGUGUUUUAUCUGCUCUAUAAACAGGCGUGUUAGCUGUGUCCAUGCAGGUGUUUUAUCUGCUGUAUAAACAGGCGUGUUAGCUGUUUAUGCAGGUGUUUUAUCUGCUGUAUAAACAGGCGUGUUAGCUCUGUCCAUGCAGGUUGUUUUAUCUGCUGUAUAAACAGGUGUGUUAGCUGUGUCCAUGCAGGUGUUUUAUCUGCUGUAUAAACAGGUGUGUUAGCUGUGUCCAUGCAGGCGUGUUAAGCGAGCAGGUGUAUCGGUCGGGGUGUGAAGUGUAAGUGUAGAUACUGGUGGUGUUUAAGGACCCAGGUAAACCGUGGGAGGUUCGUAAUGGACUACGCUGUACUGGACGCUGUGGAUGUGGUGGUGUUGGUGGUCUACUUCGUACUGGUGAUGGUGGUUGGGAUGUGGGCUUCGUGCCGGACGAAUCGCUCGACGGUGGGGGGGUAUUUUCUGGCCGGUAGGACCAUGACAUGGCUCCCGAUCGGAGCCUCGCUGAUGUCCAGUAACGUGGGGAGCGGCCUCUUCAUCGGGCUCGCGGGGUCAGGGGCCGCCGGAGGAAUUGCGAUUGGAGGGUUUGAGUGGAACGCCAGCUGGGUGCUGGUGGCCCUGGGCUGGGUGUUCGUGCCGGUGUACAUCGCCGCCGGCGUGCUCACCAUGCCGGGCUACCUGAGACGGAGGUUCGGAGGGCAGAGAAUCUCACUCUACCUGUCGGGGCUCUCGCUGGCCCUCUACGUGUUCACCAAGAUAUCGACAGACAUCUUUGCUGGAGCUAUUUUCAUCAAGGUGUCCCUGGGCUGGGACAUCUACUUGUCCACCGUGGUGCUCAUCGCUGUGACAGCAAUUUACACUAUUGCCGGAGGCCUGGCUGCUGUCAUUUACACCGAUGCACUCCAGACUGUGAUCAUGGUUGUGGGAGCAAUGAUUCUGAUGGGAAUUGGCCUGGUGAAGCUGGACGGGUACGAGGGCAUGGCGCGUAGCUACAUGGCGGCCGUGCCCAACGUCACGGUGCCCAACACCACGUGCCACCAGCCCCGGGCAGAUGCCCUCCACCUCCUCCGAGACCCCGUCCAGGGGGACCUGCCCUGGCCCGGACUCAUUUUCGGACUGACGGUGCUCGCCACGUGGAACUGGUGCACGGACCAGGUGAUUGUGCAGCGCUCUCUCUCCGCCCGCUCGCUCUCGCACGCCAAGGCUGGCUCCGUUCUCGCCGGCUUUCUCAAGGUCCUGCCCAUGUUCUUCAUCGUCUGGCCCGGGAUGAUGAGCAGAGCGAUGUUCCCUGACGAGGUUGCGUGCGUCGUUCCGGACGAGUGCCAACGAGUCUGUGGCUCCAAGGUCGGCUGCUCCAACAUCGCCUACCCCAAACUCGUGGUGGAGCUCAUGCCCACAGGCCUACGGGGGCUGAUGAUGGCGGUGAUGGUGGCGGCGCUGAUGUCAUCCCUCACGUCGAUCUUCAACUCCUCGGGCACCAUCUUCACCAUAGACGUGUGGAAGAGAUUCCGCCCACGAGCCUCGGAGAUGGAGCUUAUGGUGGUGGGGAGGCUGUUCGUGCUGUUACUGGUGAUCAUCAGCAUUCUGUGGCUGCCGGUUGUUCAAGUGGCGAACAGUGGCCGACUCUUUGACUACAUCCAGUCGGUGACGAGCUUCCUCGCUCCUCCGAUCACCGCGAUCUUCCUCCUCGCCAUCUUCUGGCCCCGGAUGAAUGAGCCGGGCGCUUUCUGGGCUCUCAUGUGCGGCCUGGCCAUCGGGGUGUCCCGCAUGGCGCUGGAGUUCUCCUUCCCUCCCCCGGCGUGCGGCGAGGCCGACCGGCGCCCCCCCGUGCUGCGCGACGUGCACUACCUCUACUUCGCUCUGCUGCUCUGUGGCCUCACGGCCCUCAUCGGGGUCAUCAUCAGCCUCGCCACGCCCGCCCCACACCCUCAGCACCUUGUCCGCCUAACUUGGUGGACUCGACACUCCAAGGACGCCGAGGGUGGCCACGGCAAUCUCUGUGAGGUGCCCGAUGGGACAAGCAAUUCUAAGGAGCCCGAGGAGGGUGGCCACAGCAAUCCAUGCGAGGUGCCCGACGAGACAGGCAACUCUAAAAGCCCCGAAGAGGCUGCCCAAAGCAAUUCCUGCGAGGUGCCCGAUGGUAAAGGCCUCUUCGGGGACACCCACAAGCGAACUGGAGAUCUUGAUCAAGAGGCCCCAGAAAAGACAGGACCACGAGGCUGGAAGAGAGCUCUUUUCUGGAUGUGUGGCCUCACUGGGUCUAAAUCAUCAUCGUCAUCAUCAUCGCCGCCCAUCCUAACAAGCAUUGAGGAGGACUGGAAGUGGAAACAUAUCUGCAACACCAGCGCCAUGCUCCUUCUUGUUGGAAAUAUCUUCAUGUGGGGCUAUUACGCCUGACCUCACUACGACACUAACGACGCACCAUCCCCGUUACCACCACCUCCUCUUCAAUUCAUUAUGAAAGCCACACAGCUACUGUCAAGGUUUAUCGCUACUCAUCCCGACCUUAAGAGACUAGUCACUGUGUAUUUUGUUGACACCUGAACUCUCUUGUUGUGAGCCAUCAGCAUGCGUGGAAGCAGCAUCACCAUGGCAUUCUGAACCAUCUUGUUCUGAAUCGCCAUCGUUUAUCUCUGAACUUUCAUCAUCAUUGUUUAUAAGCCAAUGUUAACAUCAUCAUACCUGUGAUCGUCAUCAUCACUUCGCUGAACUAAAGGAGGAUACACAGAGACGUGAAGACGUAGAAAGGGACGUGAAGACAGACUAGAGAUAAGCAAUCACAGAAACGGGGACAUUUAUGCACAGAGUACAAUGCCAUGCUACAUGCUGCUAUUAAUAAUUCAUACCCUGACUUUCCAGAAGGCUGGACUUAAUAUGUUGACUCCACCUGUUCCGUCUGUAUGGGAUAGAGUGUUUCCCUUUCUCAUGGUUCCGUUUUUUUCCGGAUGCUCCAGUUUCUUCCCACGUGUAAACACUAAUUAAUUCGCUGGUAACACCUUAAUACAUAGAGAAGCGCAGAGCUUGGGAAAAUAUGGGCGGCAACUUAUCGUGUGGCUGCCUUCAUGCUUGUCCGUGGCUCCUCCUCACGCCUCUGAGUUGUUAUCUCUGUACGAGAGCGAGUAAAUACUGUGCACUUUACAAGUUGAAAUAAUGAUUAUCAUUCAGAACUCAUCAGAAUCAGAAUGUUUAUUUAGACUGCAGAAGGAAUCCGAUGAGCUAUGAAGCUCUUUCUCACAGAUGUCUAGUAGGGGCGGAUCAGAACGUUACAACAAUCAAUACACA